UUGUAUGAAUUCGCCUUGUUGUGUAUGUUUAUUUUUCACAUCAGUUUAUAGUCAAAAAGUACAAAAAUGAAUUUCCACUCGAAGUAAUAUCAUUCAAUCAGUGCUAUUUAAAAAGAAGUUUAAAUCAACUGCUAAAUGACAAAUAACAGCUCUGAAAAUAGCUCACAUUCUCUUCCUACUGAUAGUGGCACAGCAGCUGUAGGCGUUGCGAUGGAUGAACAUUCAGAUGGACUGGUUGUGUUACCACCAAUAAAUUUUGAUAAUGACCGCUUUCCAUAUUGUAUCGUUUGGACUCCUAUUCCUGUGCUUACCUGGUUCUUUCCAAUGAUUGGGCAUAUGGGAAUUUGCACAUCCAUUGGCAUUAUCCGCGAUUUCGCUGGACCUUAUUACGUUUCGGAGGAUAAAAUGGGUUUCGGACGACCAACCCGCUAUCUACGCCUGCAUCCGAAAAAUGUUGUGGGUGGGACUGUUGAAUGGGAUGAAGCGGUGGCUAAAGCUUCCGUACUCUACGGAACACGUAUGCACAAUCUAUUCUGUGACAAUUGCCACUCGCAUGUGGCUACUGCUCUAAAUGCAAUGCGAUAUAAGAGACGAACUAGUUGGAACAUGGUAGUAUUGGCAUUUUGGAUGUUCUUUUGUGGCAGAUAUGUUGGAUUCCUUGGAGUUAUCAAAACAUGGGUGCCGUUCUUGAUCGUGGUGGGUUUGUGUGUGUUCCUGGCGAUGUAUCUUUAAGUGGAUGCAAUGUCGAUCCUUUCCAAUAUGCCUCAUGAGCUGGAGAAUUUAUGUUAUUAAGACAUGUGAAACGAAUAUUUUCGUGCACAAUUUAUUCGUUUAUUGAGCUAAAUACGAAAUAAUAAAAAUUAGUGUAUUCCGAAAAA